CCGUCCCCCAGUUUUUAUCCAUUUUCAUUUUUGCACAUCAGCCAAUGCACUUCUUUAAUCCAUUUUAUCUUGUAAUUUGUAUAUUAAAAAAUUAUAGAAAUUAUAUAUUAAUAAUCUAUAUGUUAAGACAAAUCAAACAAGAUCACACAUGACUAUAUUUAGGCUUACACAUUGAGAGAAUUUGAUGAGUCAAAGUGCUUAGAUGAACAGUUCCAAAAGUCAAAAGCGGACAAAAACUGGGGGACGGUGGGAGUAUAAUUUUAUACUCCCUCUAAGGUUUUGUGUCGAAGUUACAAUUUGAUAGGGUUGAAAAUUGAAAAAAUGGGACAAUGUAACUGCAAGUUUUGUCACAAGCAAAAUAUGCGAUUCAGCUUUGGUUGUUUCCUCUUUGGGAUUUCCUUUGUCCACCAGCCGUUAAUUUGACUGUAGGCGCGGAUUGAAUCGGAUCGGAGUUUUUCUUUUCGGUUGGUUGGUUGAAGAAGGAAUGGCGGCAUCGCGGCGUCUCCGAGAGUUGCAAUCGCAGCCGGGGAACAAGAUCUGCGUCGACUGCUCCCAGAAGAAUCCGCAGUGGGCCUCCGUCUCCUACGGAGUUUUCAUGUGUCUCGAAUGCUCCGGCAAGCACCGCGGCCUCGGCGUCCACAUCUCCUUCGUCCGAUCCGUCACCAUGGACUCCUGGUCCGAGAUCCAGCUCCGGAAAAUGGAGCUCGGCGGUAACCAGAACUUCAAUUCCUUCAUCUCUGGAUACGGAAUCCCUAAAGAGACGGACAUCGUCACCAAGUACAAUACCAAGGCCGCGGCUGUUUACCGGGACAGGAUCCAGGCCCUUGCCGACGGGAAGCCCUGGAGGGACCCACCUGUGAUCAAGGAAUCACUCAAGGACAGUGCCGGUAAUAGCAGUAGUAAGCCGCCCUUGAGUGGCGGAGUUAGAGGUGGGAAUGUUGGUGGCAAUUCAAGCUGGGACAGUUGGGAUGACGAUGGAGGGUUCGGUAGCGGCAGUAAUCAUAAUAGCAAUAAUAUGCGUAGGAAUCAGACGGUGGGGGAUUUCAGGAGCAGCGGAGGAAAAGGUGGUGCUCCAGCCAGGUCGAGGUCAACGGAUGAUAUAAUGAGGGAACAGCUGGAGGCUUCUGCUGCAAACAAGGGCAACUUUUUUGCAAGGAAAAUGGCGGAGAACGAGUCCCGUCCGGAGGGGAUCCCUCCAUCACAAGGAGGGAAGUACGUCGGGUUCGGAUCGAGCCCUACAAUGCCAAGGAAUAACAAUGUUCCCCAAGCAGAUGUUCUUUCUGCUGUUUCUCAGGGAUUCGGUAGGUUAUCAGUGGUAGCUGCUUCAGCUGCCCAAUCUGCUGCCAGUGUGGUUCAGGCAGGAACAAAGGAGAUAGCUUCAAAGGUGAAAGACGGCGGCUACGACACCAAGGUAAAUGAAACAGUGAAUGUGGUGACUGCAAAAACGACCGAGAUUGGCCAAAAGACAUGGGGGAUCAUGAAAGGGGUACUGACCCUAGCUUCCCAGAAGGUUGAGGAGUACACGAAGGAGACGAACUCCAACUGGAAAACCGACAGCUGGCAAAGAAGUGAACACGAACAGAGUGGAAACUAUCCCCAGGACUCCAAAGGCUGGAAUCCCUCUCGGGGCCCUUCGUGGGACAACGAUUGGGACACUAAGGGAACUAGUAGUAGGAAAGAGGAGAGUACGAAGGGAACAAGCGCCGCUAGCAAUGAUGGCUGGGCAGGCUGGGACGACGGCAAAGAUGACGGAUAUGAUGGCUUUCACCAGACUGCCCCUGGGAAUGGUAAGCAUGUGGAGGGGUAUAAUGGGAAAUCAGAAGGUAAUUGGGGUGAUGGAGGGUUCAUCUGAAGGUGUGAAGAGAAUAUUUGACUAUUUCCCAAUUUCCAAUUCAUUUUUUUGCUCUCUAGGAGUUUUCCCCUUUCAAAUUUAUUUCCAUUCCACAAGUUAUGGGUCUGGAGACUGUAAAAAUUGCCAGUGGGAUGAACCAAUUGCUUCAUUCCAAUUUGGCAAACAAAGAAAGAUGAACAUAGAUACUGAAGCUUGGGUUUGUUUGUAUGUUUUGUGAGGGCCAUUGUUUCUUGGGUCUUUUUUUUGAAUUUCUUUUCUUAUUUUUAAAUCUUUUUUUUCCCUUAUAGCUGUAGGGUAGUUAUUUGGGUGG